CAAACAAAAAGUCACCAAGCAAUGUCUCGUGAGGUAUGCUCUGCGCAUGUCCAAGAAGACGGUGGGCUCAUUUUGCCACUCAUAGCAAGCCUUCUGGAAAGUAUCUUCCUCAACGAGCAUUUGGGAUUGGAAGCAUCUGUCACCCGGUCUAAGGCUGUAAGGCAAGAAAACUAAAGGGAAACAACCAUGACAAAUAUUUCACUGAUCUGCUUUUGUUUACUGGUGUUGAUAGAUUCAACUUCAACUACAUCAUCCACUACUGUAUCUUCAGUUGCUACAACACAAGCGACGUCAGUUAGUUCAGAUACAUCAUCUUCUUCGGCAUCUACUGCAACGAUGUCUUCGCCUACAACUGCCUCCAGCAACACCGUGGGCUCAUCAACAGGUGCUGUCACUGCGGGAGUAAAUGAUGUCACCACUUCGAAUCUGACCACUACCACCAAAUCUGGCUCCCAAAGAAUGAGCGCCGGCAUCGGUUUCAUCUUGUUGAUAUCUGGGGCCAUGAACUUUCUGUUGUAACCUUCAUGUGAUCCAUGACUUCUGUUCCGGGGCUAGUGACGUGGAAAAGGAUAGAUGACGAACUACCGCUAGAGGUCGCCACCUUCACAAGACUCGUAUACAUUAGAGACAAGAGUAACUUUGAAAAAAAAAAAGCUGGCUUUAAUCAACUUAUUAGGCAGUAACUAAUAGUCCUUUGCAAAUCUUGUUAGCUGGCUUGAAUUAACUCUAGGCAGUAUCUAAUAGUCCAUUGUAAAUCUUGUUAGCUGGCUUGUAUCAACUCUCUAGGCAGUAUCUAAUAGUCCUUUGUGAAUCUUGUUAGCUGGCUUGAAUCAACUCUAAAUCAGUAUCUAAUAGUCCUUUGUGAAUCUUGUUAGCUGGCUUGUAUCAACUCUCUAGGCAGUAUCUAAUAGUCCUUUGUUAAUCUUGUUAGCUGGGUUGAAUCAUCUCUAAAUCAGUAUCUAAUAGUCCUUUGUGAAUCUUGUUAGCUGACUUGAAUCAACUCUAAAUCAGUUUCUAAUAGUUCUUUGUGAAUCUUGUUAGCUGACUUGAAUCAUCUCUAAAUCAGUAUCUAUUAGUCCUUUGUGAAUCUUGUUAGCUGGCUUGAAUCAACUCUAAAUCAGUAUCUAAUAGUCCUUUGUGAAUCUUGUUAGCUGGCUUGAAUCAACUCUAAAUCAGUAUCUAAUAGUCCUUUGUGAAUCUUGUUAGCUGGCUUGAAUCAACUCUAAAUCAGUAUCUAAUAGUCCUUUGUGAAUCUUGUUAGCUGACUUGAAUCAACUCUAAAUCAGUUUCUAAUAGUUCUUUGUGAAUCUUGUUAGCUGACUUGAAUCAUCUCUAAAUCAGUAUCUAUUAGUCCUUUGUGAAUCUUGUUAGCUGGCUUGAAUCAACUCUAAAUCAGUAUCUAAUAGUCCUUUGUGAAUCUUGUUAGCUGGCUUGUAUCAACUCUCUAGGCAGUAUCUAAUAGUCCUUUGUUAAUCUUGUUAGCUGGCUUGAAUCAUCUCUAAAUCAGUAUCUAAUAGUCCUUUGUUAAUCUUGUUAGCUGGCUUGAAUCAUCUCUAAAUCAGUAUCUAAUAGUCCUUUGUGAAUCUUGUUAGCUGGCUUGAAUCAACUCUAAAUCAGUAUCUAAUAGUCCUUUGUGAAUCUUGUUAGCUGACUUGAAUCAACUCUAAAUCAGUAUCUAAUAGUCCUUUGUGAAUCUUGUUAGCUGACUUGAAUCAACUCUAUAGGCAGUAUCUAAUAGUCCUUUGUGAAUCUUGUUUGCUGGCUUGAAUCAACUCUAAAUCAGUAUCUAAUAGUCCUUUGUGAAUCUUGUUAGCUGGCUUGUAUCAACUCUCUAGGCAGUAUCUAAUAGUCCUUUGUGAAUCUUGUUUGCUGGCUUGAAUCAACUCUUUAGGCAGUAUCUAAUAGUCCUUUGUGAAUCGUGUUAGCUGACUUGAAUCAACUCUAAAUCAGUAUCUAAUAGUCCUUUGUGAAUCGUGUUAGCUGACUUGAAUCAACUCUAAAUCAGUAUCUAAUAGUCCUUUGUGAAUCUUGUUAGCUGGCUUGAAUCAACUCUAAAUCAGUAUCUAAUAGUCCUUUGUGAAUCUUGUUAGCUGGCUUGAAUCAACUCUCUAGGCAGUAUCUAAUAGUCCUUUGUGAAUCUUGUUUGCUGGCUUGAAUCAACUCUUUAGGCAGUAUCUAAUAGUCCUUUGUGAAUCGUGUUAGCUGACUUGAAUCAACUCUAAAUCAGUAUCUAAUAGUCCUUUGUGAAUCGUGUUAGCUGACUUGAAUCAACUCUAAAUCAGUAUCUAAUAGUCCUUUGUGAAUCUUGUUAGCUGGCUUGAAUCAACUCUAAAUCUGUAUCUAAUAGUCCUUUGUGAAUCUUGUUAGCUGACUUGAAUCAACUUUAAAUCAGUAUCUAAUAGUCCUUUGUGAAUCUUGUUAGCUGACUUGAAUCAACUCUAAAUCAGUAUCUAAUAGUCCUUUGUGAAUCUUGUUAGUUGACUUGAAUCAACUCUUUGGGCAGUUUCUAAUAGUCCUUUGUGAAUCUUGUUUGCUGGCUUUCGGAAACGGAUGUUAUUUCAUUGUUAAGUUAUUGCUUCUUUUCCACAUGCUGCUAAUAUAUGCAAAUAUAUUCUAUUCAAGUGUAUAGUUUUCAGCUUUACUCACUGUGAUAUUUUUAUGUAUAAAAUAUUUGUACACACGUAUUUAUGAAUUAAGUUUUGCUAUUACUUUCUUUACAUAAAAACAGAAUAGAAGUGUUUCUGACCUUGACCAUGCUAUUUUUUCUGCUAUUGUCUAAUUAAAAUAUACUUUCUGAUGUUCUAAGUUAAUAUACAAAUAAUAAAUAAAUAAAUAUAUAUAUAAGUGUUAAAUAAUAUAUUUAAAUGUAAUGUAAUUUAUUAACAGCAAGCUACUGUUGUAAUUCUGAACAGCGUACAAAAUAUGUUCAUGAAUUAUGCCUAUGAACUAAGACAAUUAACCCAUGCCUAGCAUCGCGCUGAGAAAUAAGGGUCGAACAUAGCCGAAUACUAAAUAAUGUUUUCAUUGAAAUAUCAAUUACUUUGCUUUCUUUUUAUGUCAAUUUUUUUGUUUAGCUGUAAUUAAAGUUGUAUAUCUAUAUUCUCUCUCUCUCUCUCUCCCUCUCUCUAUCUUUGUGUGUAUCUCUGUCUAAGUGUCUGUCUGUCUGUCUGUCACUCUAUCUCAAUGUGUUUUUGAUCAUAUGCGGAUGAUGCGAUCAAAAUUAUUUGUGUGGCCUAAUUUUUUUUAAAAAGCUCACCGUUCUUUGAUGCGGCUCUCGUUUUCUCUUUCUCUCUCUUUUUUCUCUUUUUUCACUCCCCGGUCUCUCUCUCUCUCUCUCUCUGUUUCUCUAUUUCUCUCUUUUUCUAUCUCUGUCUCUCAUUUUUUCCUACUACUCUGUCAGUUUUUUUCUCUCUCGCUCUCUCUGUCUUUCUCUCUUUCUGUCUUUCUCUCUCUCUCUCCAUUUCUCUUUCUUCCCCCCCCCUCUCCAUUUCUCUCUCUCUCUCUCUCCCUCCUUUCCUCCUGUACGUAAAGUUUAUCUUUGAAUAUCUUUGAAUCUCUGCAACGAAGAGAUACAACCAUGAAGUCAUCAACAGAUUAGAUCUCUACAUCAUGUUUGUACAACUUGUCGCUACAAACUGUUGUUGAGUUCCAACUCUGUUGCAUUAUUGAAGACUGGCCCAAAUGUAUUACUGAAGACUGGCCCAAAUGUAUUACUGAAGACUGGCCCUAAUGUAUCUCCGAAUGUGAUAUUUUAUUUAUAGAAGUAAAACAUAUUAUUAAGAACAUAUUGCUUUCGUGUACAUUCCAGAAAAGAUUUCAUUAAAGUUUU